CCUUCUUGAGGCACGCACACGCGCGCGCGUCCCCGCGGCCCAAUGACAGCGCGAGACCGUAGCGAACGGAGACGCGAGGCGACGCUGACAGAUGAGCGCGCGCCGAUGGAGACGAAGCCGCCGGUGUUAUAGCAGGAUGCAAUAAGACGCCGUACCAGUUGCAAAGGGGCGGAGACUCUCAUCUGGCCACGGCCCCUGAUCUUCCCCACAAUUCCAGAAGAUGUACAGCGGUGCGGCACGAGGCGUCAGCCAUAUUGAGGGCAGCCCAGCUCGUUCUCCUCGCCUGCCCCGAUCGCCCCGUCUGGGACACCGCAGGGUGACCGGGACCAGCUCGAGUGCCAAGACUCUGUCCAUGGAGAACAUCCAGUCUCUAAACGCCGCUUAUGCUACGUCAGGCCCCAUGUAUCUGAGUGAGCACGAGGUCGUUGGCUCCACCGCCACCUAUCCGAGAGGCACCAUGACGCUGGGACGCGGCGCCAGCCGGGCGGUCUACGGUGGACGCGUGACAGCCAUGGGUAGCAGUCCUAAUAUCGCAUCUGUGGGCCUGGGACCGCACGCCGACCUCCUCUCUUACGGCGAACUGGGCUCGCUGGGCUCGCUGGCCCUGCAGCAUCACCAGCAGGGGGCGCUUCAGGCACAGCUCCGGGACAUGCAGCGCGAGAACGAGAUCCUGCGCCGAGAGCUGGAGCUCAAGGAAAGCAAGCUGGGCUCCUCGGCAAACAGCAUCAAGAGCUUCUGGAGCCCUGAGCUGAAGAAGGAGCGCGGAAUGAGGAAGGAGGAGGCGGCGCGCACCUCUGUCCUGAAGGAGCAGAUGAGGGUGACGCACGAGGAGAAUCAGCACCUGAUGGACGCUCGCAGGACAAAGCAUCUCCAGAUGACCAUUCAGGCUCUCCAGGACGAGCUGAGGACACAGCGUGACCUGAACCACCUCCUGCAGCAGGAGAGCAACUCCAGACCCGCCGGAGCAGAACACUUCACCACCAUCGAGCUGACCGAGGAGAACUUCCGCCGCCUUCAGGCCGAACACGACCGCCAGGCCAAGGAGCUCUUCCUGCUGAGGAAGACGCUGGAGGAGAUGGAGCUGAGGAUCGAGACGCAGAAGCAGACGCUGGGCGCCCGGGACGAGUCCAUCAAGAAGCUGCUGGAGAUGCUGCAGAGCAAAGGGCUCCCUCCGGUGACCGGUCGAGCCUCGGAGGAGGAGGAGCAGGACAGGGCGAGACGAAUUGCAGAGGCUGAGGCUCAGCUCGGCCACCUCGAGGUUAUACUGGACCAGAAGGAGAAAGAGAACCUUCACCUGAGAGAGGAGCUUCACCGAAGAAACCAGCUGCACCAGGACCCGAGCAAAACCAAAGCCCUGCAGACGAUCAUAGAGAUGAAGGACACGAAGAUCGCGUCUCUGGAGCGGAACAUCCGAGACCUGGAGGACGAGAUUCAGAUGCUGAAGGCCAACGGCCUGCUGAGCACCGAGGACCGCGAGGAGGAGAUCAAACAGAUGGAGGUGUACAAGAACCACUCCAAAUUCAUGAAGAGCAAGAUUGAUCAGUUGAAGCAGGAGCUGUCCAAGAAGGAGUCCGAGCUUCUGGCUCUGCAGACGAAGCUGGAGACUCUGAACAAUCAGAACUCAGACUGCAAGCAGCACAUUGAGGUUCUCAAAGAGUCUCUGACAGCCAAAGAGCAGCGAGCUGCUAUCCUGCAGACUGAGGUGGAUGCCCUGCGGCUGCGUCUCGAGGAGAAGGAGUCCUUCCUCAAUAAGAAGAGCAAGCAGCUGCAGGACCUGACCGAGGAGAAAGGCACACUCGCUGGAGAGAUCCGCGACAUGAAGGACAUGCUGGAGGUCAAAGAGCGCAAGAUAAAUGUGCUGCAGAAGAAGAUUGAGAACCUGCAGGAGCAGCUGAGAGAUAAAGAUAAACAGCUGGGGAACCUGAAGGACCGAGUGAAGUCUCUGCAGACCGAUUCGACCAACACGGACACGGCCCUCGCCACACUGGAGGAGGCUCUGUCUGAGAAGGAGCGAAUCAUCGAGCGUCUGAAGGAGCAGAGAGAGCGGGAGGACCGGGAGCGCAUGGAGGAGCUCGACUCGUACAAGAAAGAGAACAAAGACCUGAAGGAGAAGGUCAGCAAUCUGCAGGUGGAGCUCACAGAGAAAGAGUCGAGUUUAAUAGAUCUGAAAGAACACGCCUCUUCUUUGGCCUCAUCCGGCCUGAAGAAAGACUCCAAGCUGAAAUCUUUGGAGAUCGCCAUCGAGCAGAAGAAGGAGGAGUGCAGUAAGCUGGAGACGCAGCUGCAGAAGCAAGCCGAGCAGCUGUUCAAUCAGAUGAACAACCCUAAAGCCCACGAGGUGGAGGUCCAGCAGGGUUCUCGGGGAAACCCGGACUACAUGGAGCGAGUAAAGCUCCUCGAGAAGGAGGUGGCCUUCUACAAGGAGGAGUCGGGGAAAUCACAGACGGAGGUGGAGAGGCUGCUGGAUAUCCUCCGUGACGUGGAGACGGAGAAGAAUGACAAGGACAAGAAGAUCGCCGAGCUGGAGAGUCUUGCACCGAGGCAAAGCAAAGACCAGAACAAAAAGGGUCCUGGCAUGAAACUUGGCCAGCAAGUAGAGAAAAAGGGCAGCAGCAUCCUGCCAGACCCUCGCAAGGACAACCCCAUGGACAGCGCCAAGAUUGAGGAGUUGAUGACGGUGCUGGAAAAGACGAGGCAGGAGCUCGACUCCACUAAGCAGCGCUUGUCCUCGACCCAGCAGUCUUUGGCCGAGAGGGACGGCCACCUGACCAACCUUCGACAGGAGCGACGCAAACAGCUGGAGGAAAUUCUAGAGAUGAAGCAGCAAGCCCUGCUGGCUGCCAUCAGUGAGAAGGAUGCCAACAUCGCCCUACUGGAGCUUUCCUCUUCUAAUAAGAAGAAAACCCAGGAGGAGGUGAUGUCAUUAAAGCGUGAGAAGGAUAGACUAAUGCAGCAACUCAAGCAGCAGACCCAGAGCAGAAUGAAAUUAAUGGCAGACAGCUAUGAAGAUGACCACUACCACCCUCAUGGUCCCCCUCACCACCUCCAACAGGGGCCACAGCACCCACACCCCCACCCACAGGCCGCACCUCCUGCCCAGGGCCAGCCUCUGUACCAACAUGCCCCUCUUCCUCAACAGCAACCCCUCUACCCACACACCCUUCAUCCCCAACAUCCUCAACCCCUACCGUCUCACCCUCAUCCUCAACAGACACCUCAUCCGCCGUACCCCCAGCACCCCCAGCCACCUGGCCCCCACCAACACCCACCCAGGCCCCAACAGCCACACCAACAGCACCCACAUGCCCAACAGCCACACCAACAGCACCCACAUGCCCAACAGCCACACCAACAGCACCCCCAUGCUGGUCCACCUCCUCAGCAGCACCAACAGCACCCUCAACACGGGCCACCACCGCAGCAGGGCCCCCAUCCCCAACACCCCCAACACCCCCAACAUCCUCAACACUCUCAACACCCUCAACACCCCCACCACCCUCCUCAUGCCGCUCCUCACGGGCCGCAACCACGACAUCCAGCCCCGCACCACCGUGCCCCCACCCGUGGCCCACCCCACGCAGGACACAGACCCACUCCAGAUCCGGAUGACGAGGAGGGCAUUUGGGCAUAACCAUUUCCAAACCAAAGCUGUGUUGAUCUUUUAUAGGUUGGAGGUGCAUAGCCAUGUCAUACAGAUGAAACGAUUCAUUAUCCACUUGGCCGGACUCAAUCUCCUAUCAGACCGAUGCUUCAGCAGGGGGCCUUCACACUGAGGAAGAGGAGCAGGAGGGGUGUGAGUGUGUG